AUGGCAAUAUUGAAACAGUUGACGGUGAAUGUGCCUUUAGUGGAGGCACUAGAGCAGAUGCUCGGAUAUACAAAGUUUAUGAAGGAUCUCUUGACAAAGAAGAGAAUAGUUAGCUAUAAAUUAGUUUAUAAUCUUUACCAUUAUAGAGCCAUAUCGAUAAGAUCCUUGGUACAAAAGAAAGCUGACCCAGGAGCAUUCACCAUCCCUUAUACUAUUGGGUCACUUGAUUUUUCUAAUGCCUUAUGCGAUCUUGGAGUGGGUAUUUACUUGAUGACACUUAUUGUUUAUAAGGGGCUGGGUUCGGGGGACCCUACACCCAUAAAUAUACGAUUGGUGAUGGCGGACAGGUCUGUUAAGCAGCAAGUGAGGAUAUUGUAUGAUGUGCUAGUAAAGGUGGCCAGCUUUAUAUUUCCUACAGAUUUUGUUAUUUUGGACUGCAAGAUAGAUUUUGAGGAGGGCAUUGUUCUUGGUCACAAAAUUUCUGAAAAAGGGAACGAAGUUUACAGGGAGAAAGUAGAGUUGAUAGAGAAAUUACCCCCUCCCAUCUCUGUAAAGGGAGUGCAUAGUUUCUUGUGUCAUGAUGGAUUCUACCAUCUAUUUAUUAAGGACUUCUCCAAAAUAGCUAAUCCACUAUGCAAAUUGCUGGAGAAGGAAGCUAAGUUUGUAUUUAAUGAGGAGUGCAAGAAGGCAUUUGAAUGCCUUAAGGAGAAGCUUGUUCCUACCCCUAUUAUUGUUGCUCCAGACUGGUCUAAGACUUUUGAAAUCAUGUGCGACACAAGUGGAGUAGCACUGGGUGCUGUGCUUGUCCAGAAGAAAGAAUUUCUCGCAGUUGUCUAUGCUUUUGAGAAGUUCCAUGCUUACUUAUUGGGAAAUAAGGUGGUGGUUCAUACAGACCACACUACCUUGAGAUAUUUGAUGUCAAAGAAGGAUGCGAAUCUAAGGUUAAUUAGAUGGAUGCUGCUUCUUCAAAAGUUUGACUUCAAAGUCAAAGAUCGAAAAGGAUGCAAAAGUCAAGUUGCGGAUCACCUGUCCAGACUUGAGUAUGAUCAAGCAGCCGAGGAUAAGUUUGAAAUUGACAAUACAUUUUUGAAUGAGAAGGUCCUAAAUGUUAUGCUUGAAAGAGUGCCUUGGUAUUCUGACUUUGCAAAUUAUGUGACAGUGUAUUCCAGAGGUGGACAUGUUGAAUAUCCUAGAAACUAUGCUUCUCCAGUUUGGGCUCACCAUGCAGGUGAUCGUACUAUGAGGAAAGUGUUGCAGAGAGGUUAUUACUUGCCGACCUUAUUCAAGGAUGCCUAUGAGUUUGUGCAAAGAUGUGACCAUUGCCAUAGACAAGGUUCAAUCUUAAAGCACCAUGAGACGCUUAUGACAAAAAUAAUGGAAGUUGAGUUGUUCAAUGUAUGGGGCAUUAAUUUCACGAGGCUCUUUGUGAGCUCUUAUAGGUUGAAAUACAUAUUGGUUUCCAUUGAUUAUAUGUCAAAAUGGGUUGAAGCUAUCGCUUUGGACGAUAAUGAAGGAAAGAGAGUGGUUGCAUUUCUUAAAAAGACUAUCUUCUCUCGCUUUAGGGUACCACGUACCAUCACAAGCGAUGGUGGAUCAAGUUUUACAAUCGAGUGUUCUGAGCUGCUUUGUUGA